GGUUCCUCGUGCAAAACGUAGACGAUCUUUGCUGCAACUCUUGUGACAGCUAGCAAUCAACUCCUCAACUCCAAAAAACGCUCCUGUUCGCAAGAAGGCUGCAGGCUGCGCCAGGCAGAGCAGAGAGGAGAGGAGAGGGGAGAGCUUUAACCCUGGUCUCCCUAGCCGAGCCUGAGUGACCUAGCCAGCCAUGGACGACAGCUCGUCUCUGGGGAAAGUCAGCGGCUCCACUGAAUCCGUGGCCACCGUCACCAGCGAGGAGUUUGUUCUGGUGCAGCCUAGCGCCGCCGGCUCACCGCCAGGUUCUGAGGGCAAGCCCAGACUCAAGAUGUCGUGCAAUGGGAGUGAGCAGCUGGAGAAAGCCAUGGAGGAUGUGCUCGACGACGAGGAGGUGAAGGAAGAGGAGAAGAGCAGCACAGAGAAGAUGGAGAAGCAGAGAGAAGUAGAGGCCCCUGAGGGCACCGUCCUUGACCCCAGACCUCCAGAGGUGUCGCCAUGUACAGUGGUGUCCAGCGCCGCCGAGCCGGAGGAGGACAGUGUUCAGUUUAGCAAGCUGUCUUACCUGGGCUGCACCUGGGUCAAAUCACCCCGCAAUGAGGCCGAGGCCCAGAGAGCCAUGGCCACCCUGCGGGCUGAGAGUGCCAUCCCCAUCCCCAUCAUCCUGCACGUCCCCAACGGAACUGAUGGCUCUGUCAGGAUCGUGGACCAAGCCUCAGGCACGGAGAUCGCCUCUUUCCCCAUCUACAAGGUGUUGUUCUGCGCUCGCGGCAGGGAGGGAUCAGUAGAGAGUGAUUGUUUCUCCUUCACCGAGAGCUACCGCAGCUCUGAGGACUUCCAGAUCCACGUUUUCUCCUGCCACAUCAAAGAAGCCGUCAGUCGUAUAUUGUAUAGUUUCUCCACUGCGUUUCGGCGUUCAUCGCGGCCGACAGAUGUCAGAGACUCUCCACUGACCAGUCCUCCUGACAGUGACCUGUACACAUUCUCUGUUGCCCUGGAGGUCAAAGAAGAUGAUGGCAAGGGCAACUACAGUCCAGUCCCUAAGGACAGAGAUAAGUUCUUCUUCAAACUGCGGCAGGGUGUUCAGAAGAAGGUCGUGGUUUCAGUUCAGCAGAUCUGCAACAAGGAGCUUGGCAUCGAGAGGUGUUUUGGGAUGCUGCUGAGUCCAGGACAGAAAGUCCGCAACAGCGACAUGCAUCUGCUAGACAUGGAGUCCAUGGGGAAGAGCUCCGAUGGGAAAGCGUAUGUGAUCACAGGAACGUGGAAUCCCAACAUGGCCGCCUUCCAGGCACUGAACGAAGACACACCUAAAGAUAAGCAGGUCUACAUGACAGUGGCGGUGGACCUGGUGGUGACGGAGGUGGUGGAACCAGUUCGCUUCCUGCUAGAAACACUGGUCAGGGUUUAUCCGUCCAACGAACGCUUCUGGUACUUCAGUCGCAAGGCCUUCAGCGAGACCUUCUACCUCAAACUCAGACAGCAGGGAGCAGAGAGGGGCAGUCAGAGCGAUGCUGUCUAUGAGGUGGUGAGUUUGCAGAGGGAGGCGGAGAGAAGCAAUGGAAGAGGACGACUGGCCUCCCCUGCUGAGGAAGACGAGGCUGAUGAAGACAGCGACAGUGAAAUCUCCAGCGGGACCGGAGACGUUUCCAAAGACUGUCCUGAGAAAAUACUGGAGUCCUGGGGAGGAAUCCUCAAUAGAUGGCAUGGGAACCUCUCUAGUCGUCCGAAGGGUUUGUUGCCGGUGGUUCGUGCUGGUGUUCCUGAGCCACUAAGAGCCGAAGUCUGGCAGCUGCUGGCCGGUUGCCACGACAACCAUAACCUGUUGGAGCACUACCGCAUCCUCAUCACUAAGGACUCGGCCCAGGAAAGCGUCAUCACCCGGGACAUCCACCGCACUUUCCCCGCCCAUGACUAUUUCAAGGACUCGGAUGGUGAUGGACAGGACUCCCUCUACAAGAUCUGCAAGGCCUACUCUGUUUAUGAUGAAGAGAUUGGUUAUUGUCAGGGUCAGUCGUUCCUAGCUGCUGUUCUUCUGCUGCACAUGCCUGAGGAACAGGCUUUCUGCGUGCUGGUGAAGAUCAUGUAUGAUUAUGGCCUCAGAGCUCUGUACAAGAACAACUUUGAGGAUCUUCACUGCAAGUUCUACCAGCUGGAGAGGCUGCUGCAGGAACAGCUUCCAGACCUGUGGGCUCACUUCCAGGAGCUGAACCUGGAGGCGCACAUGUACGCCUCCCAGUGGUUCCUCACCCUCUUCACCGCCAAGUUCCCCCUCUGCAUGGUCUUCCACAUCACCGACCUGCUGCUCUGUGAGGGUUUGAACAUCAUCUUCAAUGUUGCGCUGGCCCUUCUCAAGACGUCUAAAGAGGACCUCCUGCAGGCUGACUUUGAAGGGGCGCUCAAGUUCUUCAGAGUCCAGCUCCCUAAACGCUACAGAGCUGCUGAGAAUGCCCGACGGCUUAUGGAGCAGGCCUGCAACAUCAAGGUGCCAACUAAGAAGCUGAAGAAGUUUGAGAAGGAGUACCAAACACUGAGAGAGAGCCAGCUGCAACAGGAAGACCCCAUCGACCGAUACCAGAGGGAGAACCGUCGUCUUCAAGAGGCCAGUAUGCGGUUGGAGCAGGAAAAUGACGACCUGGCCCACGAGCUGGUCACCAGUAAGAUCGCCCUGCGUAACGACCUGGACCAGGCGGAGGACAAAGCUGAUGUUUUGAACAAAGAGCUGCUGAACACGAAGCAGCGUCUGGUGGAGACGGAGGAGGAGAAGAGGCGGCAGGAGGAGGAGACGGCUCAGCUGAAGGAGGUGUUCAGGAGGGAGCUGGAGAAAGCCGAGUCAGAGAUCAAGAAAACCACAGCCAUUAUAGCUGAAUACAAGCAGAUCUGCUCCCAGCUGAGCACCAGGCUGGAGAAACAGCAGGCAGCAACGAAAGAGGAGCUGGACAUGGUCAGGAAUAAGGUGAUGGGCUGUGAGCGCUGCAGGGGAGUGUUCAGCACCCAGGGGUCGCUCCAGGCGGCGUCCCCCAGCAGGGACAAUGCGAGCGCCGAGCCGCUGGACGAGGAGAAGGACGGGCUGAAGGAGCAGCUGAGGGAGCUGGAGCUGGAGCUCGCACAGACCAAACUGCAGCUGGUGGAGGCCAAGUGCCGCAUCCAGGAGCUGGAGCACCAGAGGGGAGUCCUGAUGAACGAGAUCCAGGCGGCCAAGAACUCCUGGUUCAGCAAGACCCUGGGCUCCCUGAAGAGCUCCGCCUCUUCCUCCUCCACCUCCAGCUCCCAGUCUCAGACCCCCUCUUCCCCCAAGGAUGGCCCUGCCUAGACUGGACUCGCUCCCCCCUUGUGCGGCCACAGGCUGCACUUUCCCCUGCAGAAUGCACACUAGAGCUGAGGAACACGAGCUGAAGAAACAAGCAGCAGAGUGAUGCAGUAUUCCUUUUCCAGCCGGCGUAGAGGAUGGCGAGGGCGCCGCUGACUGGCUGCCUGACAAACAGAUGCCUCCGCUUCCUCUGUUCUUUACAUACCGUCCAUUGGACCGGCCACAUUUCAAUCUCUUGUCUGUCAGUUUGAUUGGACUAAACUGUGCGUUUUGACGUGCUCUGCUCCACAGUGUGCUGAAGUGUCAUUGAGGCUCAGAGUUGAUUGAGUGGUUCACACUGUUAGCUGAGCUAGAUGUCUCAAAUCUCAUGAUGAGAAAGCCGAAUUAAGACACAUGACAGCAUCUUCGGUGUGGAUCACUGAUUCACCUUGUGGCCACACAUCGCUAUUGCCAAGUUAAUGCCAAUUAGCUGUGUGGCCAAGCGCUGAUGUGAAUAGGUAACUGAGAACAAAGUUAAACCUGCAUUCAUACUCUGUACAAUUUGGGUGUAAUUUCCAAGGACAGUGAUACUGUUGCUGUCCAGUUCAACAUCACACUGGGAUUCUAAGUUUACUGUUUAGAAAUACAGAGAGCUAUAGCAAUCAUCUUCAGCGCUACAUAGCCACAGUGCUCUGAAAAGGGAUACUGCAUUCAGAAUCUGAAAAACAGAACAACAACAAAAACAACUUGUAUUUCUUUAUGGUAAUAUUCAGUAAACAAUGUUGUCAUAUAAAUAUGUAUAACUAAUUAUUGAUUUUUUAAAAAAAAUCUUGUACAGUUCUUUAAGCGAAAAAAGAAGCAAAAGUUCUUUGUUAAAUUUCUUUUUUUACCGUUUGGAAUUUGAAUGUCAUCUCUCUAGAUGUUGAUGUUACUAAGCACAGUGUAUGGCAUGUCUGGUUGAGUCUAAAUGCUGAAAAGCCAAAGCGACAUCCUGUCCCUUCAUCCUUUAAAGGACACCAAUAUUCCUCUGCAGUGACCAUUAGUAAAAGCAUCCCUCACAGGCCUAUAAGGGUUUUACAGGUUAGACCUCAUACCAGCAUAAAAUCCUAUGUUAGCAGGACGGCAGCUCGGAACUGCAACCAUCAACCACCACCACCCUCUUGCUGUUCUCCAACCAUGAGAUUUUAAUGCUUGAUUGAUCCAUUUUUGCAUCGCAACUUCACUUAUGAAGAUGGACCUUUUGCCAGUUGUUGUCAUCCUGAAUUCACCGCAGAUACAGACGUUACUUCCUACUCUUUAAACGAUGCUGUAUGGGCCACAGUAUCUGUAAAAUAGCACAAUUAACUCCUAAAACACAACACGCAAUGAUACAGUCCCAGUGUUGCAUCUGAAUCGUCAUGCAAUCUGAAGGCGGUUUGCAUGGCUGUGCCAUUACUUUCAUUUUAAAGGAAUACAAGAUUUAGGGAGGUUGCCCUGUUGGUCAAGUCGGCCAUGAGGUGAUGAGAAUGUAGACACCCAAAUAAUCCAUAUUUCCCAAGCAGUUGCUUUUGCCAUGUUAUGAGCACACACUGUGUCGAGUGGCUCCAUGCUAACACUUGAGAAUACUCUGUUGAAGGAGAGUUGAUUCUAGAGCGACUGGACUAGUUUGUAGAUUUGUGAAGCGGUUUCAUUUGUCAUGCAACAAGUCUCUUCAGUUCUGCCAUCAGACCUGAGGACAGCAGUGACAGCAGUGCUUGCCAAGGAGGACACAUGGAUUCUCAUCACUUAGCAGAGAGGUGACCGACAUGGCAAUUUCCCAGAUGAGUGUUUCCCUUUAAUAUUAAUGCAUGUUAGCGCUGUCAUAGCAGGCCGGGGCAGAGAGCUGCAAUAUAGGUGCCAAGAACCCCGCUUCGUCCCCCACUCUGCACUCAGCCUUUGGACUUUGACCAAGACCGUGUCUACUUGUAUGUACGUGUGUGUGUGUAUGUGUGUGUGUGUGUUUGGACGUAUGUAUGUGUGUUCUGCAUUGUAACUCCACAUCUUCUUCACCUGGCUGCCUUUUCUUUUGCUGUUGACUCGGGCUGCCGGCUGAUGAGAGGAAAGUCAUGUGACUGUCAGGGAGGAUUAGCUGUGCCAUAAGAGCCUCUCUGCUCCUGACAGGCUGAGUUUCCCUCCUCCCCUUUCCCACUGGUCUGCGUCACCAACAAACCAUGGGAUUUGACUUCAUUCAAACCUUUAUCGAGCAGGGAAGAUGCGCCACAUUCACAGUGGGAGAUGCCCAGUAAAAUAAGUGUCUGCUGUCGGCCUCUAGUGGCUCUGCUGAAGGAAAUCACCCCAGUGGAAAAGGAGGAGCAAAGGAAACCGAUUGGUUUAAUCCCGUUGAUUUUCAAGCAGUUUUAUUGUUAUUUGGUUCCGGAACAUUCCUUUAUUCAUUGAUGUCAUAUCAUUCUUAAUCCUUGUUGGUCACAUCUGUGGCUAUUACAAAGUCCUGCAGCCAGUGUCAUGUAUAGUCCAGACGAUUUGGAGAGCUCUCCUGUCUUUUAUGUGCACUAACACAGCAUUGAUAUUUUAAACACUAUUUGAAGAUGUUUGUUUGUAUCGCAAGUUUUCUUGAGGGCAGAAUCAUUUUUUUUAACUGCUGAUUUUUGUUUGUCGACAGGCCGGCUGCCAAAUUCUAAUCCACUUUAUAAUCCACACUUGAUUCCAAUGAUGCAGAAGCAGGUAAAGUGAGCUGGACUAAGAGUGUGAUGUGUGUUGUGUAGUGUACAGUAUGCUGUAAUACCACAGUACUAUUACAUAGGAAGGGACUGACUCUAGUCCUGUGUUCUGUACAGUAACUGUCUGACCUGCAUUAAUAAAUUUCUGUUUCUCUGUUCACCG